AUGAAUAGGACAUGCUUAUGUAUUAAUUACGAUUGUCUUCCUGGUACAGCGACCGCACAAUGGCUCGCACAUCACUCGACAGAGAUCGAAAUUGGGGGCUUUGGUCAUGGUCUACAGAUCUAUGUGAUAUCCUUUAAUGGUGGCAUUCAGUUAGAACGUGGAGUUGAUGAGUUCUGGCGGACUAUAUGUCACAAAUUGAAAGUCUUGGACAAAGAUCGGUUCCCUUUCAAUGAGAGUGAGCCAGUAUCAGCAACCACAUUUGAAACCUUCUUUCGGCGAAAGCAGGAAUCGCUACCUGUAGUUCUUGUAUUUGAUGAGGGUUCAGCUCUGCUUAACCAUGACAGAAAAAUCAUUGAAGACUUUAUGGGUGUGCUGCAUCUUCUGAAAGAUGGCCGUGACCAAUUCUGUCUACACUCCUUUGCACUCGUAGGUGUUGAAACCAUCAAGAAGCUCCUAACUCCACAACCCAAAUCCAAAAACAAGAUUUCUCCAUUUACCGCAGAGGCAACUGUCGAGCCAGACCACUUCAUCGAAGCAGAUAUCAAAAUGCUCUUUGAUGAUUAUGCUAGAGAAUCCUCAGUUGAACUUGAGUCAGCUGAUAUUGCCAAAGAUAUUUUUGAACGUACUCUCGGACAUAAGGGUCUCACUGGCACCUGCUGCUCUAUACUUGAGACAAUGUGUGCUAUGAAAAACAUGGCCACAGUAUCACUUGAUGACUGGAAAUGUGCUACUGUUACUCUAACUGAUGUUAUGGCACAAUGGGAUACGUAUGCUUCCAUUAUUCGAUCUCUGAAGAACCUCUCUUCAGAGCAACAAAACAUUAUUGGAAAUAUUCUUUGCUACAGAUCGCAUAAGCUUGUUGAGGAUGAGAAUGUCUCAUUUCUACUUGCUGAAGGAAUGAUUUUCAUUACUUCUCGUGAUGGCAAUGCUGUGGUAAUGGAAUGCACUGCACCAGUACUUCGUGACAUCAUGAUAUCUCACAUAAAUGGACCUACAUUCAAGGUGGAACAACCACCAAAUACAGACAGACUUGAUGUGCAAUGGCUGUUGGAUCAUGCUAUUAAGAACAUGGCCAUUCAGCAUGUCUUUGCUGACCAGGCUGCUAAUUCUAAUGGACAACCAUCUGAAUAUACAUUCCAAAUGGAAUUUGUUGUCAUCAUCCAUUGUCUGCUUGCUGUUGCAUACCCAUGGCUGUUCUAUUGUGUUAUAUCAGAGGCCAAAGAGCACGAAUGUGGUAAUCGACAUCGGCAUCUGGAUAUUCUUCUAAGGGAUGGCAGCUCUCUGCCUCGUUAUGGCUUUGAACUUGUUGUUGAAGCAACCCACAGUGUCUUUGAUGAAUACUGCAUGCAGACGCGCAGACUACUACAGGAAGCUCCAUGA